AUGAGAAUGGUUUCGGACAGUAGACAUGGCAGCCUCCCUUUUUUUCUUUUUAUUGCAUUCUUAUGUUGGGAUCUUGUUCAAAGUCAGAAACUGAUUACUGUGAGAGACACUUCCAAGGUUACGGAAUUCAUCCAUGAAAAAGGAAAACGAUGGGCAGUUUUGGUUGCUGGGUCCAGAGGUUACGAUAAUUAUAGGCAUCAGGUAAUUAACUAUCUGAUUAACUAUUUAUUGGAGAACUCAAAUGACAGUAUUUGUGUAUAAUUAAUAUUAAUUGCUCAGGCCGAUGUAUGCCAUGCAUAUCAAAUUCUGAGGAAAGGAGGAUUGAAAGAUGAGAACAUCAUAGUUUUCAUGUACGAUGACAUUGCUUUUAACAUUAAUAAUCCCAGGCCCGGCAUCAUCAUCAACAGACCCGAUGGCCAUGAUGUUUACCAUGGAGUUCCCAAGGAUUACACUGGAGACAACUGCACCGUUGAGAAUUUUUUUGCUGUACUUCUGGGCAACAAAACUGCUCUCAAUGGAGGUAGUGGCAAAGUCGUGGACAGUGCUCCUCAGGACCAUAUUUUCAUAUAUUACGCUGACCAUGGUAGUCCAGGUGUAAUCGGUAUGCCUUCUGGUGAGGACCUAUAUGCCAGAGACCUCAUAGAGGUGUUGAAAAAGAAGCAUAACUCGAGAACAUAUAGAAGCAUGGUGUUCUACCUUGAAGCUUGUGAGUCUGGGAGCAUGUUUGAAGGACUGCUUGAAAGCAAUUUAAACAUAUAUGCGGUUACUGCUGCUAAUGCAGUAGAGGAUAGUUGGGGAAUAUAUUGUCCUGGUCGGUAUCCUUAUCCUCCCUCUGAAUAUGAUACCUGCUUGGGAGACUUGUUUAGUAUUUCUUGGAUGGAGGACAGUGACCUGCAUGAUUUGCGCAAGGAAACCCUUCAGAAGCAAUAUCAAGUGGUUCGAAGAAGGACAGCAGUUGAUAACUUUGAUAGCUCUCAUGUUACUCAAUAUGGAGAUAUGAAACUGAGUGAAGAUCCAGUGUUUGUUUACAUGGGCACAAACCCUGCCAAUGAAAAUUAUACUCUCACUAAGAAUACUUCUUCUUCAUCAUCAUCAUCUUCAUCUUCAACCUCACAAGUUGUUAAUCAACGUGAUGCAAGUCUUCUUUAUUUUUGGCAUAAGUAUCAGAAAGCCCCUCCGGGAUCUAACGACAAGGCGGAAGCACGAAAGAAGCUUGACAGUAUAAUUUCACAUAGAAGGCGUGUGGACAUUACUAUGAACAAGAUUGCAGAAAUUUUAUUCGGUCAGGAAAAGGCAUCACAGCUGUUUAAGCAGUUCAGACGUUCAGGACAGCCUCUUGUGGAUGAUUGGAAUUGCCUAAAAUUGCUUGUGAAGGCUUAUGAGAAACAGUGUGGACGUUUAUCUUGGUAUGGGAGGAAGUACACAAGAGCCAUUGCCAACAUGUGCAACGCUGGAGUCGAGGUGGAGGAAAUGACAGAGGCAUCAACCCAUGCUUGCUUUCUGGAUAACACUUCUGCUUUCCAUGAUGAAUUAGACAAAUAA